AUGACGAGAAUGGGGAAGGAGUACAGAGGGACUCAUAGUCAAACACGAACUGGAAAGAAUUGCGUGCAUUGGAAAAAACUUCUCAUUGGCAAAAAAAUUGAAAAUAUUUUCGGAGAGCAGGUGAUAAGAGGGGAUUAUUCCUUCAUUGGAAGACCGCAGCACCUCUACGAAAUCGUAUCAAACCAGGACCUAAACUAUUGUCGGAAUCCAACGUCGGCCGAGGAGCCAUGGUGCUUCGUUUCCGAAUUAUAUGAUGAAUGGGAAUUCUGCAACAUCCCCUUCUGUCCUGGCCGCAAAGAGCCCGUGGAAUGCAAAUUGACUAAAGAGGGAUGGGAGUAUGCAGGAUUCAAGAACGUGGAUGCACGUGGUCGUAAGUGUCAACCCUGGCUCACGUCAGACCCCAAGCGAUUCCAAGUACUGAACUUCUUGGCAUUGCCUGAUCAACUCAUGGACUAUAGUAACAACUACUGUCGCAAUCCUUUCACUGUCGGAACCUCAAAUACACUCGCAGAUUUUCUUGAAAUGUCGAAAGCAAACGAUCUCUGGUGCUUCACUGAAAAGGGAAGUGGCUUUGGAUGGGGACAGUGCACGGUCCCAUACUGCCAUGAAGCGUAUGAGCGCUCCGCUCUCGAAGGUAAACCGGCCCAGGGAUACCCGGAAUGUUUGCAGACCAAGAUGGGGAAGGAAUACGUGGGAACGACGAGGAAGACGGUGACUGGGAAGCCCUGCCUCCGAUGGGACGCUGUUCCCUAUGGAAAGCUUGACGAUUUCGACCCGAAAAUAUCCUACGAUGACCAUUUCCGAUUUGGCAAUGCCGCAUCUCAUCAAGACUUCUGCAGGAACCCGACAUUGAAGAAUCAACCCUGGUGCUUCGUCGGCGAUCCCAAAAUAAAAUGGGAAUUCUGCGAUAUCUCCAUGUGCCCCAACUACCCCAGUGAGUUCACUCCGGUCCACGAACAAAUGUUCUAUCUGUUGGUAAUGGGUCAUGCCAAGGUUGGAAAAGAGCAAAACCCUAAUAGACACAUCGACAAGACAGAAUGCAAAUGGACGCACAAGGGAGAGGAGUAUGCAGGGACUCUCAACGUGACGGCGUCCGGGCGCCCGUGUCUGCCGUGGAGCGACUCCGGAUUACUGGAAAGAUUUUGGCCAAGGUUCCCAGAAGACGUGAGGAGCGAGAAUCACAACUUCUGUCGAAAUCCAACCGGGGGAAAGGAUAUGGCAUAUUGUUUUGUUGAUUUUGGCGAAAAGGAAACCUGUGACAUUCCAUUCUGCCCCUUCCACUUCCUCUACUAA